UCAAAAUGGACAACAGUGUAAAGAGUUCCUCAUCCGAAGGAUCCAUUGUUGACCGAUCUGCACUGGUGUCAGACGAUGGGAAGAAUAAAAAGUCAGUUUUAUGCCAACGUUGUGGAUCCAAGGUUCUCUGUUCAGGAAUGGCUACUUUUACAGAGAAGGAGCUCUUCCUGCCUUCUAUGCGAAAAAAGACCACCAUCAGCCAAUCAGAGGGCUCUGUGGAUGGGGACACGCUGACCACGCAUUGGUUAGUCGACGACAUGUACACCUUUGAGAACGUUGGCUUUACCAAGGACGUGGGGCGAAUCAAGUAUCUCAUUUGUGCAGACUGUGAGAUUGGACCCAUAGGUUGGCAUUGCUUGGAUGACAAAAAGAGCUUUUACGUUGCACUGGAUAGGGUCGACCAUGCCUAAAAUGGUCUGUUGUCAGAACUUUUUCUUCUUCAAUUGUGAUUCAUUCAUUUUUCCAUUCACCGUGGGGUUGGGUGUUUUAUAUAACAUGUUUAUCUAACAAAUGCAUACUCUUUACUAUUCUCUUGUUAUUCUGAUAGAAAAAAUGCUUCUCAUAUGGAUGAAUUCUAUGAAGCUGUUGAUUAAUUCACUACUGUAACUAAGCCCUCUGAUGUAGGUGGACUCAAACUAUAUGUGCAUGUUUACGUAUUAUUUUCCAAAUUUAAAAAAUAUUAUUACUGCCCUCGGUUUAUAUUAAUGGAGAUUGAAAUUUAAAUUGAUGUGUUGAACAAUUAGCAAUAGCCUAUGUUUUGUGCUACAGAAGAAGGUAUGCUACUCGUAAUCAUCUACGAUAGACUUGACCACUCCCCGAGUCUCGCCUGCCGACAAGGGAGGCUUUGCUUGAUAAGUGAAAUUAAUUUGUGGUAUAAUAGUCAGUACUGUAGGUAUAGGCAAGGCCACUUUGGCUGUUGGUCAGCAGGAAAGUUUGCCUCCAUACUAACCAUAACAGGAUCAUCACAACAAGUAAACCUUUUAACAACAAAGUUGCAUUCUUUGUAUCUAAUCAUUUUACAGCAUUGAGCAUAAACAUAAAAAUAAAAUUCGUAUCAUUCAAUACCAAAGUAAAUGCUUUUUCUGAUUGUAAAAGUAGGUUAUGUUAGAAAAGGUAUGCUUGUUACGUCCAGAAUGUGUAGUUAUCGAGCAUUUGUCACAUUAUAUGUAACA